AUGACGUCCAAGAAUCUGAACCGAACCAGGACCGAUAAAAUUCUUGCAGAGUUCAAAAUCGACCGCGCUGCCAACUCGCCUUAUCCUAUUCGAUACCUUUUAUUCGAUCGCAAAUUCAACCAGGAUAUGUUCUACGAAAUUCCGCAGGACGUGGAACCGGAAACCCUCAAAGCUGCCCUCAAUCAAUAUACCCGCGAGCGGAAAAAGACUAUCGAUCUGACUAGCGGUUGGGAAUUAUCUAUCUACGGCGAUAGUGAAUGUGAGACCAGCGUGACCUCUUCAUUUGAAGCGUCUGGCGAUAGAAACUAUACUCGUUUGACUAGUAGUCGCCGCAGCUUUGAAUGGGAUAAUGUUGGCGACUGUAUCAUGACUCUUUAUUCUUCGAGUGACUGUGACGAGGAUACCCUUUAA